AUGUCAGAAAACAAGCCCGCCAUAAUUUUCUGCUCUGGAGCAUGGCAUCGAGAAGCACACAUCAAGCCUAUUCUGCCUCACUUCGAGACAGCCGGAUACAAAGUGAUCCCUCACCCGCUGGUUUCCGCAGGAGACAAGACGAUGACUGCCGAGGACGCCGUCAAGUCAUUCGUAUCUGUCAUCGAACCCGAGCUCAAGAAAGGCCGCGUUGCACUCAUUUUGCACAGUGCAGCUGGGCCAGUCGGACUUGCAGCGACUCACGAUAUUCUUGCGGCGCAACCAGAUGCCAAAGACAAACUUGUAAUCAUGAUGUUGGGGUCGUUCCUCGAGUACGGUCCUGUCACGAAAUUCCUCUUUGAGAAGGGAUAUGCAGAUUUUGGCAGAGUCGAUGGCACUAUUGAAUGCCAUAAGGCGAUGGAGGCUUUCUUUAAUGAUAUGGCGGAAGCGGAUGCCCAGCCGUAUAUUGACGCGCUGGUGUAUCAGGGUAUGGCGGGUUCGCCAGAUGAGAGAAGCGAGUCGUGGAAGCAAUGUCAAGUAUGGUGUAUUUUGACUGAACAGGACAAGUGUGUGCCUGCAGAUUGGCAAGAGAAGAUGGCCGAGGAGCACGGCCUGCAUAUUGCGAGGAUUGAUGCAGGCCACGACCCUUUCAUAAGUCAGCCAGCGAAGCUUGUUGAUGUGAUCGAUCAGGCAUUGAGGCAAUAA